AUGUCACGUCAAGCACGGGGAAGAGAUGACUCGACCACAGUCGAGGGGGUUCCGGCUGAUAUGUGCCCGCAAUCUGAGGCCGGUUUUAUCGAGGUUGGAGUGCCCCCAUUCUUGAUGUCUUCCCUUCGCAUGUUAAGCAGGAUGUCGGAGGAGUUGCAAAAGUUACCUAAGCCCGGCACCAUCAAGAACAUCUCCGCCCCGAACGACACCGCCGCUACCAACCGAGAGGAACUCAGGACCUGGGCCGAGUCGAACCACGUCACCGUUUCCAGGAUUCCCCUCCAUCUCACGCGUUUCCGACAACCCAACAGGCACUUCAAAGCCGUUCAAGAGGAAGUGAGGGGUAAGAAUAUCGACGACGUGAUGACGAUGAUUGGCGCGUGGUUUUACGGUCGUCAUCAGACCCAUCUGCAUCACUAUUACUUCAAACACAUCGCCUCCUCGCAGAUCUUACGGAUAACUCAGGGAGUUGAGGACGGAGAGAUUGAGCGGCCCAUUACGAAGCUGGCGACCGGAUGGUAUGACCAGGCCCAGUGGCUGGACGGAUACGACUGGAGGGUGGUGGUCACGUGCAGGAAUGAGGGCACGGAGAACUGGAACGGGGAGAUGUUUCUCUAUCUCAAGGACUUGCCCCGACAACUACACGACAAGAUUUUCUGGCAAGACAAGAACAGAACCAUGAAGAAGGAGAGUUUUGUAUCCAAAAAGUCCAGGAAUACAUGGUAUCAUUACUCUGGUUGGAAGGAUGACAGGGAGGAGCCUUCGUGGGCGGCACUGCUGGUUGUUGAGCAUUCGACUUUUACGACGGCCAUUCUCUCGGACCCUCGGGGUUACUUCCCACGCUGCAAUCGCGUCCACAUCGACCAGCGCACCAGCAAGCACGGAUACAAACACGUAGCCAUAUCCAGAAAGCACUCGGUUUACGGAAAUGACCUCUUGGGCCAGAAGACCCAGCCGUGGACGGAGGAGGCUCACAUGCAGACCGCCAAGAUGGUUGAACCCCUUCUGCCGAAGGUGCCGUUGGACAAGGGAGAUUCGCCGCUUUGGGGACAUGAACUGAAGCCCAAGGUGUCUGAAUAUUCUCUUCCCGUGCUUGAUAUGGACUAA